AUGAAUUUUGCGCCUUACCAGGAUGCGUCGCCGGAGAUAGAGCGUGCUCUAUCACCUCCUCCUCGCACCUCCAUCGAUUCGCCUCGAGUCCGGUCCCCGCCUCCGCAGAACAAGCCCAUCCAGCCCAUACAUCGUGCGGGCUCCGGUUCGCCGUUCCUGCCUCCUCCCAGUGCCUUUGCGAACGAUAUCUUGCCAGGGCCAUCGUUCAGCGGAGGAAACAGGGAUCAGAGCCUUGAGGCGUUCGAGACGAGCCUGCCCUUAAGAGUCGACUAUGAAGCAAUGUUGGCAUAUCUUCUCUUGCCACCGGCCGGGGGUGUGUUCCUGCUCCUGUUCGAGCACAAGAGCGACUACGUGCGGUUUCAUGCGUGGCAGUCCAGCAUGCUCUUCUCAGCCAUCUUUUUCGUCCAUCUGGUCUUAUCCUGGUCGAGGGUGCUCUCCUGGAUGCUGUUCACGGUCGACCUGCUCUUGAUUGGCUUUCUGUCGCUCCACGCUUACCGAGACGUCGAGACGCUUGACCAUUUCGAGGUGCCUUAUUUCGGCAGGCUUGCCAAUUCCUUUGUCGAGAAUGAGUGA